AUCUUUUUGCCAGCCAACCCAGUAGAAAAAUAUUUCGUAACCGCUUUUAAAAUCCAAAUCCACGCAUAAGUGACGAACCCAUAUCAUUUUCAAGAGAUAACAGUCCACCCUCACCGCGAUGGGGUGCAUUGUCCAAAAAUGCCAAAAACCCCAGAGGGAUCUCAACGAACUCAAGGGGGAGUUGGAACUUGAUGACCAUAAGAUAAGUCUGGAAGAAUUAUGCCAGCGAUACGACACCGACUUGGAAAAUGGGCUCAAGGCCGAUGCUGUGGCGACAAAUCGUGCAAAAUACGGUCCUAACGCGUUAACACCGCCACCGAGGACGCCAGAGUGGGUGAAGUUGCUGUUGAAUCUGUUUGGAGGUUUUGCCGGUCUCCUCUGGGUCGGAGGAAUAUUGUGCUUCAUCGCGUACGGGGUUGAGAUCGCUAGCAAAGGAAACCAAGCUGAGAAUGAUAACUUGUGGCUGGGGAUCGUUCUCGUCGUGGUCGUUUGUCUCAGCGGAAUCUUUUCCUACUUUCAAGAAGCCAAGAGUAACAGUAUUAUGGAAUCUUUUAAGAAUCUCGUUCCCCAAUUUGCCACAGCCAUUCGAGACGGCGAAACUGUAACCGUGCACGCGGAAGAGUUGACGCUGGGAGACGUUGUCCUCGUAAAGUUUGGGGACCGAGUUCCUGCAGAUAUUCGAGUCUUAGAAGCGUCCCAGUUUAAAGUGGACAACUCUUCACUCACGGGUGAAAGUGAGCCUCAGUCCAGAGGGCCGGAAAUGACGCAUGAAAAUCCCCUCGAAACAAAGAACUUGGCUUUCUUUUCUACCAACGCUGUGGAAGGAACCUGUAAAGGUGUCGUUGUCAGAAUCGGCGACAACACGGUUAUGGGUCGAAUUGCUGGAUUAGCUUCCGGGCUGACGACAGGACAAACCCCUAUCGGCGCAGAGAUUGAGCGCUUUAUCCACAUUAUUACCGGGGUUGCAGUAUUCUUGGGCGUGACGUUCGGAAUUUUGGCUCUCGCGUUGGGAUAUGUAUGGAUUGAUGCGGUCGUUUUCGUCAUUGGCAUCAUUGUGGCUAAUGUUCCUGAAGGAUUACUGGCCACCGUCACGGUCGCCUUGUCUCUCACUGCGAAACGAAUGGCACAAAAGAACUGUCUCGUGAAAAAUCUGGAAGCCGUUGAAACACUGGGGUCCACCUCGACCAUCUGCUCCGACAAGACGGGAACGUUGACACAAAAUCGGAUGACCGUUGCCCACAUGUGGUACAAUUUGAAAGUUGUGGAAGCAGACACAACCGAAAAUCAGUCUGGGGCUGCGUAUGACGUUACAAACGAAGGAUUUAAAGCCCUCUGCAGGUGUGCCACUUUAUGCAGCCGAGCCGAAUUCAAAGGUGGUCAGGAAAGCAUUCCCAUUUUGCAACGAGAAGUCAACGGAGAUGCUUCGGAGGCAGCCUUGCUGAAAUGCAUGGAAAUCGUGACCCAUGAUAUCAAAGGAAUUCGAGCUAACAAUAAGAAAGUUUGCGAAGUGCCGUUCAAUUCCACGAACAAAUACCAGGUUUCAAUUCACGAACUGGAAAACGAUAACAGGAAUCUUCUCGUUAUGAAGGGCGCUGCUGAAAGGAUUUUGGACAGAUGCUCCACCAUUUUUGUUGACGGUUCUGAGAAAAAUAUGGAUGCUGCGAUGAAAUCUGCGUUCGAAAAGGCAUACAUGGAUCUUGGAGGGUUGGGAGAGCGUGUUCUCGGAUUCUGUGACAUGGUCCUGCCUGCCGAUAAAUAUCCGAAAGGAUACAAAUUCAACAAUGAAGACGUCAAUUUUCCAAUUACUGGGUUGCGAUUUGUAGGGCUCAUGUCCAUGAUUGAUCCUCCAAGAGCUGCUGUGCCUGAUGCCGUUUCAAAGUGCCGAUCUGCGGGCAUCAAAGUUAUCAUGGUCACUGGAGAUCAUCCCAUCACUGCGAAAGCUAUUGCAAGAAAUGUAGGAAUUAUUUCUCCAGAAAACUCGACCGUUGAAGAAAUUGCGGAACGAACGGGACUUCCAGUUGAACAAGUUGACCCAGCAGAGGCAAAAGCUGCAGUCAUUCAUGGAGGUCAACUGAAGGACAUGUCACCCGAUGAUAUCGACAUAAUUCUCAACACUCACAGCGAAAUUGUGUUUGCGAGAACGUCCCCCCAACAGAAACUAAUCAUUGUUGAAGGUUGUCAGCGGAACGGUGCCAUCGUUGCAGUAACUGGCGAUGGAGUCAAUGAUUCCCCAGCUUUGAAGAAGGCCGAUAUCGGAGUGGCAAUGGGCAUCGCAGGUUCCGACGUGUCUAAACAGGCCGCCGACAUGAUUCUUUUGGAUGACAAUUUCGCUUCCAUCGUCGUUGGUGUGGAGGAAGGUCGUUUGAUUUUCGACAACCUCAAGAAAUCCAUUGCCUACACCUUGACUUCCAACAUUCCUGAGAUUUCACCAUUCUUGAUGUUCAUCGUGGCCUCAAUCCCCCUUCCUUUGGGAACCAUUACCAUUCUGUGUAUCGAUCUUGGAACUGACAUGAUUCCUGCCAUCAGUCUCGCCUACGAAAGACCUGAAUCUGACAUCAUGAAGCGCAAACCUCGUAAUUCCAAACGCGAUAAACUUGUCAACGAGCGGUUAAUUUCAAUGGCAUACGGUCAAAUUGGAAUGAUGCAAGCGGUCGCUGGAUUUUUCUCAUAUUUUGUCAUCAUGGCAGAAAACGGGUUUCUUCCCAAAAAUCUCUUUGGCAUCAGAGAAGACUGGGAUAACAAAGUCAAGUCUGUUCAAGACCAUUGGGGGCAGGAAUGGACCUUCAAACAACGCAAACAUCUUGAGUAUGCUUGUCAGACUGCAUUUUUCGUUGCCAUCGUCGUCGUGCAAUGGGCUGAUUUGAUCAUUUCCAAGACUCGUAAAAACUCCAUUUUCCAACAAGGAAUGACGAACUGGACUUUGAACUUUGGAUUGGUCUUUGAAACAUGUCUCGCUGCCUUUUUGUGCUACACUCCGUACAUCAAUGCCGGCUUGAAAAUGAUCCCCUUGAUGUCUCAAUGGUGGUUUUUGGCGAUCCCCUUUUCUCUCUUCAUCUGGGUGUAUGAUGAAACCCGUCGCUUAUUGUUGCGCUCUUAUCCCCCCGGUGGCUGGGUCGAGCAGGAGACGUACUACUGAAAAAUUACUCUCUCACCAAAAUCGAUCAAUUGUACAAAUUGGAAUCGAUUUCUUUAAAUUUAAAUUAUAUUUGUGCGUAUCGUAAAAAUUUGUAUGAUUCCAAUCCAAAGAAUUACUUUUUGAAUAAAUCCUAGU